CUCGCUUCUGUGGACUGUGACUCUAUAUCGCUGAUCAGUUUACACAUAGUGGACUUUUACAUGGAUCUAUAAUUGCACAUUGUAAAAAGGGACAAAGGACAUAUUUUAGCGGAUUCUGAAUUGAAUCAAUGAGUUUUUAAAAAUCCGGAACGUAAGGACAGUUUCCAGAGCAGGGAACUGGAUUGCCUUCUUCAUGAAACUUUUUUGGAAAGAGACCAAAAACAUCUUACCGGAGCACAGUAAGGAACACAUUAACGGUAAAAUACUUUCUAAACAUGAAUGUUAGAUAAUGCAGCAACGCGGUUCUUAUUACGUGAUUUCUGAUAUACAUGUAGGCUACACAUAAAGCAAGGUUUCCAGUUAUGCAUAUUUACUGUUGACCAUAUCCUAGAUACAUGAGACUGCAAUUUAAUGACAUCAAACUGACAGCUGUCUCCCCUCUCCCCCUUUCCCUUGUGUAUGCGCUCGAACAGCAGGUGACAUCACACUCAUUCCGGGAACUGAAGGUUUCUCUCUCGGCUCCGCCCGGGACAUUUUCCAAGGGUUCCCCGGUGACUUUGAUUCUGUCUCCCGUGGAAGUUCGUCCCCGUCUAUUGAGUCUCAGUACCUUUCCUCCGUGGACUCCUUCGGGAGCCCGCCGGCCAGUGCCUCACAGGUAGGUCCAAUAAGUCAACCAAUGAUGAGUAUCAGGGGAGAAAGGGAGCUUAUGUGUCCUUUUCCCCCACUUUCCGAAGUUGAUUAUUAUAAUAUUGAGGCAACAUUUAAUUUGAUAGAUGUUUAUAUAAUAAUGCAUGAAGUAUGAUUUAUGUUGUAUAUGAUGAUGUGGCCGUGGGCUGUAUUCCAGGAAUAUAGGUUAAGAUUAAAAUGGAAUGAUGCUUUACAGUUCAGUAGCAUUUGCAAAUGCUGGUGCGGUUAUUCCUUGUCGCAUUAUAGUUAUACCAUGCAGAGUUUGGAUUUAUCAACCUGAGUAUCAUCAUAAUUAUAAGCUUGUUAUUACAUUGUUUCUAUGAAAGGGAAAGGUCCCUUUCACGUCUGAUCAACCAUGCGAACAAAAUGCUGCCGAUGUCCUUGAAAACUACAGGCACUUGAAUUUUAUUGUAGUAAAGGCUGGGCUGCCGGCAUGUUCUCUGACUCAGGCUGUGCCACUGCUACUAGCAACGUGUCUUGUCUUUGGUGGUACGUUUACAGCAUGCCGCGCAACGGAUGACAACGGUUUGGCACUCCUACGUACGCACAAAAAGCUCCGCCUUUGCUCGCUUCUUUCCAUGCUCCCUGUUCUCAGGACUCGCUGUGACGUAAAUGCGUUCUAUUUUGGAGUGUUACGUCGCGUUGCUAAGGGAACGCCGGGGGUGUGACGGGGGAGGACGAAGGAGGAGGGGGGACUUAUUCAAGCGAGUUGAUUGGUUGAGACGGCCUCUUCAAAGCUGCAUGUCCCCUUGCCUUACACUUUUUGAUAUGCAUAUUAAUGCGACUCCACUAUGGGAUCACUGCUCGCCUCAGUUCUAAUUAAAGCAGAGAGAGCCAGGGAUAGAUUUGGGCACCUAAAUCUAUUCUUGCAGUGAUCUAUUUAUAACAUCUGUUGUGCAGGAAUUUUGGGAGACUCGAACUCUCACUGGCAUUCUAUCAUUCCAUAAGAGUGAACUGUACUGAUACACUGUAUUACUUCUUCUAAGCUUGUAUGAGCCUUUAUGAUGUUUUUAUAAGGGUUAUAAAUGUGUUAUGUCUCUAUAUGUAGCAAGUGUUCAACGGACAAAUUGGUUUUUAUUAAGUUAGGAUCAUAAUGAGAUCAUGACAUUAUAAGGGGGACAUACAUGCUUAUGACUAGUCUUACAAUGCAUUUAUAACAGUAUCAUAAUGCAUUAUACCUGUCAGCUUCUUAUCCACAUGGUAAAUGUUUGCAAUGGUGGCAGUUUAUUCAACGUUUGUUUAUAGAUGACUUGUAAUUAGAAUGGGUGUGUCAAACUGUACCCUGAAAGUGUGUGUCUUAUGGACGUCAAGGCUAUGCAAUCUUUUGCUAUGAUAUCUUAUGUUCAAGGAAAUCAACAUCUAAAUAGUUCACAAAGCAAUGUUUAAAGAGAAAGUCACUUGUUGUCAUUGCAUUGUAUAGCAGCAUCACAUUUCUCUGUCUGUGUUCAUGCCUAACCCCUCCAUCUCUGUGUGUUCCAGGAUUGUGUGUCUGCUGGAGGCGGGGUAGGGGUAGGCAGUGGUUCCGGGGGCAGCAGUGGAGGAGUGGAUAUGCCAGGCUCCUUUGUGCCCACGGUCACAGCCAUCACCAGCAGCCAGGACCUGCAGUGGAUGGUGCAGCCAACUCUAAUCUCGUCCCAGGCCUCUGGCCAGAGUGGGACGGGGACCUCUACUAUGACCCAGUCUGUGUCACUGGUAGACCCUUAUGAUCUGCCAGGGCCCAGUUAUUCCUCUGGCUCAGGCUUUACUCCCGCAGGCUCUGAUACCCCGGGGCCAGGCCCAGCCCCGGGCCCCAUCCGCCAGUCCAGGACCCGUAGCCGCCGUGUACGAGACGAGUCUGUGAGUGACGAUGGAGAUGUUGAUGUGUUUGUAAGUGUGUGCCCUGUGUGUCAAUCUUUAUUUGUCAAAUGGAUAGACAGCAAGAAUGAACACAUUCACCAUAUUUUUAAUGAUACUGUAUUUGAUGAUACAGCUGUGUCAUUCUAAGCAAGCGAGAGUCAAUGCAAAUGCAUUAGAGAGAAAGCGGCAAAGACCAAGUUUGUGUUUGUUUUGAUCCCUCCUUGUUAUUUUCCUCCAGUUGACUCCAGAGGAGCAGGAGAAGAGGCGUGUUCGACGCGAGAGGAACAAGUUGGCAGCCGCCAAAUGCCGAAACCGCCGUCGCGAACUCACUGACAGACUGCAGGGGGUGAGCUUGGCUGGGUUCUUACUGUCAAAAUGACUUAUGGUGAUAAUUAUAUACAGUGUGUUACGCUUCAUAACUAGGCUCAUGAUAAUGACUGUGUACGUGAGUAAUAGUAACACAAUUUUAUUUAAGGGGCUGGUUAUUAAGAGAAGGGGGUUAUUAGUUGAAGAGAGCGAAGAUGAUUAUAGUGCUUGUGACAGUAUAUUGUGCCUACAGUUGGUAUAGUCUAAUUUACCAGUCCUAUCAUGGGCUAAAGUAUCUAUUUCAAGGGGGAAACAUGUACAGUGAGGGAAAAAAGUAUUUGAUCCCCUGCUGAUUUUGUACGUUUGCCCACUGACAAAGAAAUGAUCAGUCUAUAAUUUUAAUGGUAGGUUUAUUUGAACAGUGAGAGACAGAAUAACAACAACAAAAAUCCAGAGAAACGCAUGUCAAAAUUGUUAUAAAUUGAUUAGCAUUUUAAUGAGGGAAAUAAGUAUUUGACCCCCUCUCAAUCAGAAAGAUUUCUGGCUCCCAGGUGUCUUUUAUACAGGUAACGAGCUGAGAUUAGGAGCACACUCUUAAAGGGAGUGCUCCUAAUCUCAGUUUGUUACCUGUAUAAAAGACACCUGUCCACAGAAGCAAUCAAUCAAUCAGAUUCCAAACUCUCCACCAUGGCCAAGACCAAAGAGCUCUCCAAGGAUGUCAGGGACAAGAUUGUAGACCUACACAAGGCUGGAAUGGGCUACAACACCAUCGCCAAGCAGCUUGGUGAGAAGGUGACAACAGUUGGUGCGAUUAUUUGUAAAUGGAAGAAACACAAAAUAACUGUCAAUCUCCCUCGGCCUGGGGCUCCAUGCAAGAUCUCACCUCGUGGAGUUGCAAUGAUCAUGAGAACGGUGAGGGAUCAGCCCAGAACUACACGGGAGGAUCUUGUCAAUGAUCUCAAGGCAUCUGGGACCAUAGUCACCAAGAAAACAAUUGGUUACACACUACGCUGUGAAGGACUGAAAUCCUGCAGCGCUUGCAAGGUCCCCCUGCUCAAGAAAGCACAUAUACAGGGUCGUCUGAAAUUUGCCAAUGAACACCUGAAUGAUUCAGAGGAGAACUGGGUGAAAGUGUUGUGGUCAGAUGAGACCAAAAUCGAGCUCUUUGGCAUCAACUCAACUCGCCGUGUUUGGAGGAGGAAUGCUGCCUAUGACCCCAAGAACACCAUCCCCACCGUCAAACAUGGAGGUGGAAACAUUAUGCUUUGGGGGUGUUUUUCUGCUAAGGGGACAGGACAACUUCACCGCAUCAAAGGGACGAUGGACGGGGCCAUGUACUGUCAAAUCUUGGGUGAGAACCUCCUUCCCUCAGCCAGGGCAUUGAAAAUGGGUCGUGGAUGGGUAUUCCAGCAUGACAAUGACCCAAAACACACGGCCAAGGCAACAAAGGAGUGGCUCAAGAAGAAGUACAUUAAGGUCCUGGAGUGGCCUAGCCAGUCUCGAGAUCUUAAUCCUAUAGAAAAUCUGUGGAGGGAGCUGAAGGUUCAAGUUGCCAAACGUCAGUCUCAGAACCUUAAUGACUUGGAGAAGAUGUGCAAAGAAGAGUGGGACAAAAUCCCUCCUGAGAUGUGUGCAAACCUGGUGGCCAACUACAAGAAACGUCUGACCUCUGUGAUUGCCAACAAGGGUUUUGCCACCAAGUACUAAGUAAUGUUUUGCAGAGGGGUCAAAUACUUAUUUCCCUCAUUAAAAUGCAAAUCAAUUUAUAACAAUUUUGACAUGCGUUUUUCUGGAUUUUUUUGUCGUUAUUCUGUCUCUCACUGUUCAAAUAAACCUACCAUUAAAAUUAUAGACUGAUCAUUUCUUUGUCAGUGGGCAAACGUACAAAAUCAGCAGGGGAUCAAAAACUUUUUUCCCUCACUGUAAGCCUAUCUACUGUAUAUCUACAGAGGGUAGUGCGUACGUCCCAGUACAUCACUUCCUGCCAUCCAGGACCUCUAUACCAGGCGGUGUCAGAGGAAGGCCCUAAAAAUUGUCAAAGACCCCAGCCACCCUAGUCAUAGAGUGUUCUCUCUGCUACCGCACGGCAAGCGGUACCGGAGCGCCAAGUCUAGGUCCAAAAGGCUUCUCAACAGCUUCUACCCCCAAGCCAUAAGACUACUGAACAGCUAAUCAUGGCUACCCAGACUAUUUGCAUUGUCCCCCCACCCCACCUCAACCUCCUCUUUUACGCUGCUGCUAAUCUGUUUAUUAUCUAUGCAUAGUCACUUUAACUCUACCCACAUGUACAUAUUACCUAAAUUACCUCGACUAACCGGUGCCCCCGCACAUUGACUCUGUACCGGUACCCCCUGUAUAUAGCCUCCCUACUGUUAUUUUAUUUUACUGCUGCUCUUUAAUUAUUAGCUAUUUUUAUUUUUUACUUAUCUAUUUUUUACUUAACACUUUUUUUAUUUUCUUAAAACUGCAUUGUUGGUUAAGGGCUUGUAAGUAAGCAUUUCACUGUAAGGUCUACACCUGUUGUAUUCGGCGCAUCUGGCAAAUAACAUUUGAUUUGAUUUGAUCUAGAAAGAUAGCCAUGCAUCCACCUCCACAGACAUAGAAUUAGAACAUCUGUAUUGUCUAACCCUCUACCCCCUUUCACUCUCUCUCUCUCUCUCUUUCUCUCUAUCUCUCUCCUUUCCUCCCUCCCUCCACAGGAGACUGACAUCCUGGAGGAGGAGAAGUCUGAGCUGGAGGCUGAGAUCUCUGAGCUGCAGAAGGAGAAGGAGCGCCUGGAGUUUGUCCUGGUGGCUCACCAGCCCAGCUGCAAGAUCCCCUACCAGGAGCAGCAGGCCUCUGGCUCCACACAGCUCCAGCAUCAGCCCCUACUGCCCCUACAGGCCCCCGUCUCCAUCGUGGGCUUGACUGUGGAGGACACUUUCUACCUGCCUCCCGCCUACACCUCGCAGCCCUCCUCUUCGCAGCAGCAGCAACAACAGCAGCAGGUUCAACAGCAGCAACAGCAGCAGCAGGUUCAUCCGCAGCCGGGGAUGAUGCAGGAGGUAGCGUUUUCUAGUUCUUUCUAUGGCUCAAGCGAGCCUGCGCCGGGUGGGCCGUGCCUGGUGGCCGACGGUGGGGGUGGUGGUCACCAUGAUGGCGCGGCCGCUGGCAGCUACAACCCUUCAUACACAUCUUCAUUUGUGUUCAGCUACCCAGAGGGAGCCUGCGGGGUCAGCGCUAACCAGAGAAACAGCAGCAGUGAGCAGUCCUCUGAUUCCCUGAACUCACCCUCGCUGCUCGCACUCUGA